AUGUUCCAGAGUUUGUCAUAUAUCAUAGUUCUUGUCGCAGUUUAUCUCUAUUUUACAAAGGAAAAGGCUGUAGACAUUAAUUCAAAAAUACGAGAUGUACUAGAUGACGAAUAUGAUUAUAUUGUAGUUGGAGCAGGAUCAGCAGGUGCUGUUGUAGCAAGUAGACUCUCAGAAGACCCAAACACCAAAGUUUUGCUCCUAGAAGCUGGAGAAGCAUCAAACCCUCUCACAAAACCGCCAAUGGGGACCAAGUUUGCUCAACGGACAAGCAUGGACUGGGAGUACAAAACAGUUCCUCAGAAACAUUGUUGCAAAGGCUUGAAAAACUCGCAAAGAAGUUGGGCAACUGGCAAAUUACUUGGAGGUUGCAGUGCACAUAACUACAUGCAAUACACGCGUGGUAGUAAAUAUGACUAUGACAUGUGGGCAGAGCUUGGGAACACAGGGUGGAGCUACAAAGAUGUACUUCCAUAUUUCAAGAAAUCUGAAGCACAGCUUGAUCCAAAAUUAAGCAAAUCAAGCUGGAACGCAGCCCAGGUAACUGUAGAUGCCAAUGGAGAGAGGUCUAGUACUGCAACUGCCUUCUUAGAGCCAAAUAUGGACAGAAAAAAUCUACACGUAGCAACACAAGCUCACGUCACAAAAGUCAUAUUUGAGCUAGUUGAAAUAAAAUUAAAGGUCCUCCUGGAAGGCAAGAAAGCAGUUGGUGUAGCUUAUGUAAGAGGAUUGGUCAAGAAAAAUGUGAAAGCAAGAAAGGAAGUUAUAAUAUCAGGAGGUGCUGUUGGAUCAGCUCACAUUCUCCUACUGUCUGGAAUAGGACCUAAGAAACACCUUAAAGAGAUAGGAAUACCAGUAGUGGCAGACCUACCAGUUGGGGAAAAUAUGGAGGAACAUCCUACAUCAGACAUGCUGACAUUUUUUACCAAAGUUGAUGCCAUAACAGAAAACCGAGCGUUAUCUUUACUUGAGACCUUGAAGUAUAACCUCUUUGGAACAGGUGUAUGGAAGAAUCCACUGCCAAAUAUGAUGUACUUCAUGAGAUCUCCUUACCAGCCAGAUGAUCACAAAUUCCCAUACAUCCAGUUUCAUGUAUUAUCAGUAAUAUGGGGAAGUGAUAAAGGAACAGAUUAUAUAAAAGGCAAUAUGGGAUAUACUGACGAGGUGUGGAAUACAAUAUACCCAGAUGAGGAACUGGACGGAAAAACUGGAAUCAGUGUCCUUGUCACAUUGCUCCAUCCAGCUACCAAUGGUACAAUUAGACUUCAGAGCACGGAUCCAUUUGAUCAUCCAUUGAUUGAGCCAAACUACCUCAAAAAUUCAGUUGAUGUGAAACAUUUGACGGCAGGGAUAAAGGUGUGGACAGAAAAACUUGCAAAAACAAAUGUAUUCAAAAGGGGAGGAUUUGAACUGAAAAGAAAUCACCACCCUUUAUGUAAAGCUCACCGAUUUGGCACCGAUGCUUACUGGGAUUGUUUCAUAAGAGCAAACAUGUGGACUACAUUCCAUCCAUCAUCAACAUGCAGAAUGGGACCAGCUACUGAUAAAAACUCAGUCGUAGACCCACAGUUAAGAGUGAAAGGGAUUGAGAAUCUGAGAGUGGCAGAUGCAUCCAUUAUGCCUCAUGUCGUAUCAGGCAACACCAAUGCGCCAUCUAUUAUGAUAGGAGAGAAGGCUGCAGAUUUGAUUAGACAAUCUUAA